AUGGGCCCCGCCAUCGCGCAGCCAGGGCACUCCAGCAGAAUUUCCAUUCCAAGGGCUGUUCGAGGGUUCGUUCGCGGAAGCUCUCGCGCCGGGGCCUUUCGCCUUGGGAAUGCGCAGAUUUCAGGCGGUUUCUUGACAUACCUCGACAUAGCUCGAGGAUGGAAUGUGACAACUGCGAGCGACCACUUCAACCGGGAUCGCAGGGUCUCCGGUGCGCGACUCUGCGGCAAUCUGCAAGUUUGCAAGGCAAGUUCGGGCUCAGAGUUCUCUGAAUUCAAGAUGGACUCGGGCUUCCAUGCAGCAUGCAUGGACCUCUGUGACCACGACCUCUGCGCAGCCUGCGCCCAGCAGACAACCUUCUUGGAAAGUCCGUCACCUUCAGGCCACAUGUGGAAGAUGCUGCUGUCAUCUGCGGCGCCACAAGAUGUCUCCAAGAUCCAUGUGGCAUGCAAUUCGCAUGAGAAUGCGAUAGCUGGCAUCGGAAACAGGCAUUACGCAGAAAAGUAUGCCGAAUUCGAAUACAAGUCAGUCGCAUUCAAAAACCAAAUUGGUAAUCCAUGCGAACUUAUCAGGCGCGCCGUCCAUGCUGUGAUAAGCCGUGUCAUACCAGCGAUAUUGGACAUUGAUGAAGAGAAGAUUAAAAGGUGUGACACAGAGGUGAUGGACAUCCCACAAAGUGAAAUCGUCUCGGAACUUCACGGGAAGUCAAUAUUUCCCAUCCACAAGAUCAUCGACGAUAUAGCACCGGGAAGCUUCACAGAACAAAUGAAAAAGGACAACUACGAGGCGGCGUCAGGAACUGAACUGCCGAAAUUUCCUCCGUCCAAAGCGUUCGUGAAGCCGAAUGAGGCACUCGGAAAAAUCAAGCCUCGGUUGAUACAGCAUACAGGUCCGCAAGGCACCGCGGCCUCAUCGCUGAUGAACAAAACAAUCGAGCAAAUGUUUUUCCGAUUACCUUACUUCGUCCACCGGAGUAUAAAGGGGACCGACAACAGCGGGGUCUCCGAGCGGAUCCGCCAAUUCUUCAAUGACUACAAGGCAGGCGGGUUCGCCUCGACGGACUUCGGCAGCUUUGACUCGUCCGUCACGGACAAGUGCACCGGGGACACAGACAAACCCGGACUCCGGCGGAUCAUAGAAGAGGCGAUCGUGAAGGCAAUCAUAAAGAAGUUCCCGGAUGCAUAUGACUUCAAGAACGUUGACAAGGCGAGGUGGAAAAAGAGGGAUCGGGUGUUAUUCGACACGAUCACACUCCUCACAGAGGUCCUCAUCAGACACUCUGGGGAUGGGCUAACGUCCGUGGGCAACUUUGCCAUCAAUUGGACAGUCGAUCGCGCGAUUGACUUCGCCCUGGAGAGCAUCUUUUCGAUGUGGGACAUGAGGCAGUACUCGUUAGAGGAAGUCCUCGAUUACCUCACCCAUCUCAUUGAUGAACCACAGUUCAUCAAAGACGUCUUGGAGAGGGUAGCAGCCAAGGCGGAGCGCCUAGCUGACACCAUCACUCGAGUAUCCAAGGGGCAACAUGUCACAAAAGAGGAUUCGGAAUUCCUCAAUGGCGAGGGUGACGACAGAGUCAAGGGAUUCAGGUGGGCAUUCAUUCAGAGGUUCGAAACAAAAGAUAAGAAGAACAAGGAUGCCCGUGAAUCCCUCGGUGUGAUGACCUCGUUUAUGUAUACGCUUGCUGGGAUGAGCUUAGAGCCACAGGACCGCACCGGGCGUGUCAGCGCAGAAAAACUCAUCGACAAAUCGCAACGUAUCGAGUACAUCAGCCGCAUCUUUGUCCCGAUCCAGGAUGGAAAAGCCAUGAGGAGCUUUCCAAAAUUGAGGAAGACCUUCGCUGCCGCUACCGUCACAUUCAAUGUGAACGAUCCAUUCCUGACAGCUGCAGCAACCAAGAUGCUCUCCAUUAUGAUGAUGUGUGAGCAGUGCCCGUUACAGUUUCCUUUCUAUUCACUCAUUUUCCGAUUUUAUCAACAUCAGCUGAAAGACGACACGAUCAUCACAACAAAAAGGAAAUAUGAGUGGUGGGAACUCAAGUUGAUUUACAUGAUAUCGGAUAACGGGCAUGACGGCGGUAUACAAGCAUCUUGCAGACAAGGCCAAUGCAAACACAUCCCCAGAAAUCGCCGAUGCAAUGCUCGCAGCGCUUGCAGCAGAAACACAACUGGCACGAAAAGAUUUAAUCUGCCUUAUCGACGCUAUAACAGAGACCGAAGGGGACGAUCGAGGAACCGUCCAAGACCUGGUGCAAAGGUAUGUCUCAGUACUACCGCCGGUCUGAUGACCGGGCACCAACGAGGCAACAGACGGGAGAUCGAAAAUCUGGGCGCUGCCAACGCCCAGAUGGAGGGCCCUGAGCAUGGUACCGAGCCCCAUGCUUUCUGCCAGUGGCCAACUAACAGUGAAGUACCGCUACCUGCGUGCGGGAAUUUUAGGACAGCGCUAUUCCUGGAACUGGGUCGACCUUCUGAUGAGCGACGGCCCCGGCAACUGCCGCCGGAUAGCGCGCGAAAGCCCGCCUACCCGAAGGGAAGCAGAUCCCGAGCAGUAUCAGGGUGGGUGUGGGAGGUGGAGUCAUGGUGGUAG